AUGGAGGGGCACCCAGAACUCUUCUUGGGUUUCAUUAAGUUCUGGCACGAAGAAUACAAUAUCACCUUUAAUGACGAGCCUCCAGAGGACAAGAUCGCAAUAAAUUUUGUAGAUAAAAUAAAGGUAGCCUUGCUUUUUCGGGAACACCAUGAUUUGCUCGAGGAAUUCACACAUUUCCUACCUGAUGCCACUGGAAUGGCUCAUUUGCCACAUGCUCUGCCCACAAGAAACUCAUCUGGAAAUUUCUUGCGAUCUGCAGAUGAGAGGAGCUUGGUAAUGCCCAUGGUGCCGCAAGUGCAUGGAGAGAAGUUGCUGAUCGUCUGUUAUGUGCCACUCAUUGCCCGUCCUGAAUCAGAUGAUAAAGGAACGACGAAAGUUGAUAAGAAGCAGAGAAAACGCAAGCGGGAUGAUAAAGAUUUGGAGCAUGACAGCAACAGGGAGUCAAAUAAUGGGCAUUGCUUCUCUCACAAACAAAAAUAUGCUCAGACUCAGAGGGGUCAUGCCUUUGACCACGAUGCUGAGCAGUUGCACCAAGUUGGGGAAGGAGCUAAAUACUUUGGACUGCAUCCUAUUUUAGAAUUACGUUCGAAGGAAGGACAUCUGGCUAGACAAAUGAAGGGAGAGAAAAACCAAGAGUGGUUUGAUAAAAAUGGUCCUAAAGAUGUUGCACCUCCCAAGGUUCCUGUGCUCCCAAAUAGAGAAAAAGAUGUGACCGCACCUAUCUUGGGGCUCGACCUUUUGAAGAAUUGUCGAAUACCCCCUGCAAGCCAAUGGACAGAACUCGAGGCAUCUGUACUGAAGAGAGAGAAAGAGGGGAAGCAGUUUGACAAAAAUGGUGCUAAUGAUGUUGCACUUCCCAAUGUUCCCGUGCUCCUUAAUGAAGACGUAUGGCCAAACCAAUCUUGGAGCCUAACCUCUCGAACUGUCAAAGCCGUAACCCUAGUUAUUGUUAUCAUCCAGAGAAAGUUCAAGCUCGACACGUUGUUAAAGUCGGCUAAUGAAGCUGUCAGGUGCGUUGAACAAUUGAUAGAAAAGAUGAAUGAUAAUACAAUCAAGCCAAGCAGCCCAAUCCAUGUCGAGGACCACUUCACUGGUCCAAGUCUAAGGUGCAUUGAAAAAUUAUAUUAUGAUUCUGGGCUGGAUAUGUUGAACUUACUACAGAAUAAUGCAAGUGCUGCAUCGCCCGUUAUAUUAGCUCGCUUGAAGCAGAAACAAGAGGAAUUGUUAAAAUGUCAUUCGGAUCUUAAUAAGGCUUGGGCUGAAGUUUAUGCUAAGAACCAUCCCAAUCGCUCAACAGUGUAGCUUCCAUGUCAAGCAACAGGAUAUAAUGAGCUUGAGCACCAAAGUGCUAUUAGAAUGAGGACUCGACUGAGCAUCUCUUCAUCGAUUGUUCAUUUGCAAGAAAAGAGGAGGGUUUCCUUAUCUUUUUGGUAUUGAAUGGGUUUUGCCGUGCUCCAUUGAGUCUCUAUUCUUGUCUUGACAAGGUGGAGGCAAAGGAAAGAUAGGGAAGAAAGCUUGUUGUCUUUGUUUACCAGCCGGAAUCUGGUUUCUAUGGUUGGAAAGAUAGAAUCGCUGCUUCAGGAAUCGGAAAGAAGAAACAUUGGAGGUUUUCAAUUUGGCUUGAAGUGUACCUUUGGGGAUGGGCAAUUGCAUCAAAAGCUAUAUGCUUUAGCUCAUUUUCCUGAUUGUUAUAUAGAUGUGUACAUUGUAUUUUCCUUUGGUUUUAUUCUUUGUAAUUCUUUAGGCUUUGGCCUCCUUUCAAUAAAAUCAUCACGGUUCUAAAAAAAAAAAAAAACUAUUGUGUUGUAUUGUUUCUGAAGAUGGUCAAAUAGUAGGAAGCUGCAUUCCUCAACUUCCUAAAAGAAUAAAAACAGGAUAUUGUCCUGUUUUAAAAUUAAAGAAAAAUAGUCUUCUUGCAUUGAAGCGUGUGUGGGAUUUCUGUUAUCAUCUGGAAUUUUGAGCAUAUUGAAUAAUCUAACAUUGGCUUAGUAGUAAAAGAGACUUGUAUUAAAUGGUUUAGAGUUGGAUAUAAUGUUUUCUUUAGAGUUAGCACUACAAGAAAAGGUGGAAUAGCCGACAAUAGGUGGAUCCUUUCCCAGCACUACGUAAAAAAAGGUGCCAGCAAACGAUCCAUGUAAAUAGAAAAAGACACCCUCGACCAUUCUCUCACCGCCCUAACUCU